AUGCAUCCAGCAUUUGUUCCACAGUUCCACUGCCAUCACCUUCUCCUGGCAGCAGGAGCUGGACCUUCAUGGCCAGUGCUAGCUGCCGACAGUGGAAACCAACAAGGAGAUGCACAGCGGGAACACACACCAAUGUUCCUGAGCAAGGGAGAGCAGUGUGUAAAGGAGCUACAAGGAAUGGAGGGCUAUAGGCUCUGUGUUCCCAUUUCCAAGCUUGCUGUUCAGUCUGAGGAUUCGAAACGUGAGCACCACCAUAUCCUAAUCGACAAGGAAGUUACUACACAAGAAAGGAAUGCACAUGUUGAUGAGGCAGUAGCUGUCGAUGAAUCUACCCUUUCUUUAGCAGCGGAAUUUUCUGUGGGUGGAAGUGCUGCACUGCCUCCUGUCGCUUCACAGAUCAAGGCACGUAAGGUUCCUUAUCAUUGUUCAGUGAUGACUACCGAAGAACAGCGAUCAAAGUCUGCAACUGAUGCUAUAAAUGAGCUUAAUGUGACUCAAUCAUCACCUCUUCUUCAAUGCUCGCGUAACAAAAAUAAGCGCCCCAGGGGUGUUGAUGAUGCAGAAGCUGAUGCUGGUUCUAGAAAAUCAAGUUCUAAACACAUAGAAGCAGAAUGUCCUCCAAAGAAGUUACAUACUUCCAAAGUGCAAGUUGAGGCUCAACUCACAGAGGAGAGUGACAUAAAUACAUCAGCUACCCAAAGGACCAAACGAGGCCCCAGCAAGAUGCCCGCCGGCCGAUAUGUCAUCACCGAGUUCGAUCCCACGGGAGAGCCCGUUGAACCAAAAAAUGUGGAUGGGCCGUACCACACCGCCCUGGGUGUGAUUGUGAGGGAAACUGUGCCAAUUAAAUACAUGUUCUGGCAUAAAAAGACAAAGCCAAAUGAGAAGGAAUGGUGUGUUCCGCUUGCACUCAAGGAGAAAUGUUGGAAGACGUUGAAGGAGAGCUUUGAGUUCCCACAAGCUUAUGAGGAGCUUGCCAAGAAACGAGCAUUGCACUGUAUGGGCAUCUCGUUCAGAUAUUUCAAGUACAAGUUGAACAGCGAACGUGUGCAGACUGGAACAGAGCCAAUUUGGGAACAUUACCCUUUUCAGAGACCAUACUGGCAACAGUUUGUCGAUUGGAAGCUAUCUGAGGACGCACUCGCCAUGAGUGAAGUAAAUAUUGUUAACUCCCAUAAAAAUGAUAUCCCCCACCACACUGGUUCUCGUGGUUACGCGAGGAAAAUUCCAGAGUGGGAGAAGCAGUUACAACAGCUAGCAGAAAAAGGUGUUACUCUGCAUACUGAUGGGUGGAAUGAGCGCUCAUUGAGGUAUCUUUUUGCGAGGGGAAUGACCUUCAACACUGAUGGCUCCCUAAGUUUCCCUAGUGAUGCAGUCCGGAACCUUGCUGAAAAGAUCAAGAUAAUCCAAGAGGAAGUGGCCAAUGGUGUUUUCAAGCCUGACCGGGAGGAUGACGUCCUGACUCGCACUAGGAACAAAAGAGCAUCCAGGUCGUGUGAUGAUGAUGAAGAGUUCAUUGUAGAGUUCCAUCAUGGCGGGUUUUUUGUUGGUCAAGGUUGCAAGGCUUAUGUUGAUGAGAAAAUCAGUUGGUUUGAUCACUCCAAAGUAGAUACAUGGUCUCCAUUAUGGUUAGAAGAUUUUGUUGACCAGUUGGACUAUCCAAAGAGUCCAUCAACGAAAAUGUACGGGUUGCUGCCUGGUCUGACCCUAGCAGAUGGCCUUAGGGUGAUAGAAUCAUAUACUGAAACACUUGUUAUGGCUUCACUGCUUGUGCACAAAGUCAAGAACUUUGUAGUGUAUGUGGAUCAUGAUGAUAAUCUAGAAGGUUUGACGUGGGAGGAUGACAUAGUGGAAAACCCAAUUGCAUCUUUGCCUAAGGCUAUAUCAGCCCCUAGAAGCUUGAUUAUGUUGACAAUAACAAGGAAAGAUGACCAAGUGACAGAUGAGGGGGUUGCUAAGGGGAAGAUCAUAGCACAAGGCAAGAGAGCAGAGAAAGGAAAGCUACUAGACUAUGAUAAUGAUGUGUCUAUAGAUGAGGAAGGAUUACAGCUACUAGAAUUUGAUGGAGAAUGGGAAGGAAACUUAGGUUCAGUUGAGGUACUUAGGAAGGCAGUCACUGAAUAUAGCAUAAAGGAAAGAGUUAAAAAAAACUACUCCAAGAAUGAGCAGAAGAGGUUGAAGGCACACCAUGAAGAGGGUUGUCCCUGGAAGCUUUAUGGAUCAGUUGAUAGCAGUGCCCAUGGAAUGGUCCUGAAGACAUACAAUGGCACACACACUUGCCAUAAGAAGUGGAAAUUGCUUCACCUCUUACAAGUUGAACCUCCUGGCGGACGCGUCGCGGAUCGCGGAGCGCUGCGGCAAGGGCUCCGGCUCCGGGCGGACAUCCGCCGCGCCGUGGCGGACGGGCUCCGCGCGCUCGGGUACGACGCGGCGGUGUGCACGUCGCGGUGGGACAAGACCCCCUCCCACCCGGCCGGCGAGCACGAGUACAUCGACGCGGUGGUGGUGGAGUCCGGGUCCGGCGCCGGGGCGACUUUCCGGCUCGUGGUGGAGGUGGACUUCCGGUCGGAGUUCGAGGUGGCGCGGCCCACCAAGGCGUACCGCGCGGCGCUGCAGGCGCUGCCGCCUCUGUUCGUGGGCACUCCCGACCGGCUGGGCCGGAUCGUGGCCGUCGUGGCGGAGGCCGCGCGGCAGAGUCUCCGCAAGCGCGGGCUCCACUUCCCGCCGUGGCGCAAGCACGAGUACAUGCGGGCCAAGUGGCUGUCCCCGCACGCCCGCAGCAGCAGCCCGGACAAGACGCCGGCGCCGGCGCUCGCCACGCCGAUAUCCGCCGCCACCUUCUCCGGCGAGUUCGAGCUGGUGUUCGACGAGAAGCCGAAGGCGGCCGACGACGACAUUCCCGACGGCGGAGAAGACAAGAAGAUCACAGUCGUGGUGUCGCCGUCGCCGUCGCCGUGGCGUCCGGAGGAGCCCGGGGCGGCUAGCAAGCUGAACCCGCAGCCGCCGCCGGGCUGGCGUCCCUGCUGCUGCUGGCCAGCUGAUCAACCCAAGAACCGAACAGAGACUCUCCGCCUCUCCGGCUCCAAAAAAAAUUUCCCCUUUUUUCCCCUUCGUCAGAACUCAGAAGAUUUUCCAUCGCGUUUGUCGAUCCGUCCGAGGGCCGGCUCAGGUGUUUUAGCGGUUUUCUGGCUCCUCGGAACAGUCAUGUCAGUCUUGUGA